UAACUUCUGAUUCAGCAGUGCAGGGCGUGCCAUACUCUAAGAUGCGUACAGUGUUAGUGCUCGCAGCCUUCUUGGCAGCUGCGGCGGCGUUGCCGACUGAAAUACCGGAGCCUGGACAGCUGGCUCUGGUUCUCGGCGAAGAAGACUUUGAAGAUUAUCUGGAUGCCUGGCUGGAGCUUGAACAAUCCAAGUCCGCCAAUGCAUCUAACGCCAACGUUGAUGCUAGGAGCGGUUGCACCAUCAGAAUAAAUGGAGACCUAGGCCAGCCUCAGCCAGUGUACCUCCGUGGUGGAAACAGGUACAUGGCUGCUGAUGGCAACUCAGGACAGGUCCGACUCAACACUGGCGAACAAGUUGUCGUCGCUUGCACUGGCUCCGGAAGAACUAUAUUGCACCCGAACAUCGCCGCAACCGCAUCCGUUGCUACUGCAACUUGUGUGAACAACAACCUCGUCUCCGGUGCUGGUUGGUUGAAUGGAAAUGGAGCUUUCGGUCAGCUCACAUGCUCCGCCCACGCUUACCACGACGCUCAAGCCACCACCACUCGCUGUUGGAACAACAAUAUUGUUAUUCGUGUCGGUUUCAUCGUCAACAAUGUUUUCUACCCACUGUACUGGUCUUGCUUCGACCAAAACCGUCUGGAAGUUAUUUACGUUUGGUAUGAUCAGACUCCCGAAAAUGCAGUCCACCAAACCGGCGUAGACAGACCCAGUUGGUUAGCUGGAAGCUUCUUCCCUGGAGUGGCCGUCAACACCAUGUACACUCAAGUGAACCAGAAAGCUGUCGUCACCCAAUAUGUCGGUGCUGCUUUGGCUGACAAAUACAUCACCACCCACCAGUUCAUGGCUCGUGGUCAUCUUGCUGCCAAGAGUGACUACGUCUUCGCUACUGGUCAGCGCGCUACUUUCUACUUCAUCAACGCUGCUCCUCAGUGGCAGCCAUUCAAUGCUGGUAACUGGAACUGGCUGGAACAGAAUCUCCGCGCUCGUAUUGGUGCUGCAGGCUACAACACCGUCAUCUACACUGGUACCUUUGGAAUUACCCAACUGCGUGACCAAAACAACCGUCUCGUCGACAUCUAUUUGGUUCCAGAACGUAACCAGAUCCCAGUUCCUCUGUAUUACUACAAGGUUGUCUACGACGCCGGUCGUCGUCUCGGCACUGCGUUCGUGAGCAUCAACAACCCUUACUACACCGAGUCUGAAGUGCGUGCUCUGACCUUCUGCACGGACCGUUGCCGCAACAACAGCGCGUUCAGCUGGCUCAACUGGCAGCCUGACCGUAUUGACAUCGGAUACAGCUUCUGCUGCACCGUUGAUGACUUCAGGAGAACCGUUCCCCACCUACCCGCCUUCACUACCAAUGGACUCCUUGCUAAGAUGCGUACAGUGUUAGUGCUCGCAGCCUUCGUGGCCGCGGUGGUGGCGUUGCCGACUGAAAUACCGGAGCCUGGACAGCUGGCUCUGGUUCUCGGCGAAGAGGACUUUGAAGAUUAUCUGGAUGCCUGGCUGGAGCUUGAACAGUCCAAGUCCGCUAAUGCGUCUGUAGAAGCCGGGCCCCGUAGUGGCUGCACAUUCAGAGUCAAUGGAGAUCUGGGACAGCCUCAGCCAGUGUACCUCCGUGGCAACAGAUACUUGGCUGCCAGCGGCAACUCUGGUCAGAUCCGCCUCAAUACUGGUGAACAAGUCGUGAUCGCUUGUACUGGCUCCGGAAGAUCUAUUCGCCAUCCUAAUAUCGCAGCCACAAGAGAUGUUGCUACAGCGACAUGUGUGAGUAACAAUCUGGUAUCUGGUGCUGGAUGGUUGCAUGGAAACGGAGCUUUUGGUGGACUCACAUGCUCUGCCCACUCCCACCAUGAAGCCCAAGGAACUACCUCUCGAUGCUGGAAUAACAAUUUGGUUAUUCGUGUGGGUUUCAUCGUUAACAACGUUUUCUACCCGCUGUACUGGUCUUGCUUCAACCAAAACCGCAUGGAAGUUUUAUAUGUCUGGUACGACCAAACCCCUGAGAAUGCUGUCCAUCAAAGUGGCGUGGACCGACCUAGUUGGUUAGCCGGAAGCUUCUUCCCUGGUGUUGCUGUCAACACUAUGUACACACAAGCCAACCAGAAGACUGUUGUAACUGGUUAUGUCGGACCUACGUUAGCCGACAGAUACAUCACUAGCCACCAGUUCAUGGCUCGUGGACAUCUUGCCGCUAAGAGUGACUUCGUCUUCGCUACUGGUCAGCGCGCUACUUUCUACUUCAUCAACGCUGCUCCUCAGUGGCAGCCAUUCAAUGCUGGUAACUGGAACUGGCUGGAGCAGAACCUUCGUGCCCGCAUCGGUGCUGCUGGCUACAACACCGUCAUCUACACUGGAACUUUCGGUGUGACCCAGCUGCGUGACCAGAACAACCGCUUUGUCGAUAUCUACUUGGUGCCUGAGCGCAACCAGAUCCCAGUACCACUCUACUUCUACAAGGUGGUGUAUGACGCGGCCCGGCGCAUCGGCACAGCUUUCGUGAGCAUCAACAACCCGUACUACACGUUGGCGGAGUGCCGCGCUCGUCAGUUCUGCACGGACCGCUGCCGCGGCAACAGUGCCUUCAACUGGCUCAACUGGCAGCCUGACCGCAUUGACCUCGGCUACAGUUUCUGCUGCACCGUUGACGACUUCAGGAGAACUAUUCCUCAUCUGCCCGCCUUCGCCACCAAUGGACUCCUCUCUACAUGUGUAUUACUAUCAGUAGUGCAGUGUGAGGCAUCUUCUAAUAUGCGGACAGUGUUAGUGCUGGUAGCUGUCGUGGCUGCGGUGACGGCGUUGCCGACUGAAAUACCGGAGCCGGCACAGCUGGCUCUGGUUCUCGGCGAAGAGGAGUUUGAAGACUAUCUUGAUGCUUGGCUGGAGCUUGAACAGAACAAAGCUGCUAAUGCCUCUAACGCUGAAGCUGAUCCCAGAAGCGGUUGCACGUUCAGAAUCAAUGGCGACCUCGGUCAACCACAGCCGGUAUACGUCCGAAGCAACAGAUUAUUGGCUCCCAACGGCAACACUGGUCAGAUCCGCCUCAACACUGGUGAACAAGUUGUGAUCGCUUGUACUGGCUCCGGAAGAACUAUUCGACACCCAAAUAUUGCUGCUUCAAGAAAUGUUGCUACAGCAACUUGUGUCAGCAACAACCUCGUCUCUGGUGCUGGCUGGUUGAAUGGGAACGGUGCUUUCGGCCAGCUCACGUGUUCAGCACACUCUAAUGAAGAGGCUCAAAGGACUACCACUCGUUGUUUCAAUAAUAAUUUUGUUAUCCGCGUCGGUUUUAUCGUCAACAACGUGUUCCAUUCACUAUACUGGUCUUGUUUCGACCAGAACCGCCUAGAAGUAUUGUAUGUCUGGUAUGACCAGACUCGCGAGAAUGCUGUUCACCAAACUGGCGUUGACAGACCUAACUGGCAAGCUGGAAGCUUCUUCCCUGGUGUUGCUGUCAACACUAUGUACACUCAAAACAACCAGAAGACUGUUGUCACAAGAUAUGUUGGAGCAAAUUUAGCUAACCAGUACAUCACCAACCACCAGUUCAUGUCUCGGGGUCAUCUUGCUGCUAAGAGUGACUACGUCUUUGCUACUGGUCAGCGCGCUACUUUCUACUUCAUCAACGCUGCUCCUCAGUGGCAGCCAUUCAAUGCUGGAAACUGGAACUCGCUAGAACAGAACCUUCGUGCCCGCAUCGGUGCUGCUGGCUACAACACCGUCAUCUACACUGGAACUUUCGGUGUGACCCAGCUGCGUGACCAGAACAACCGCUUUGUCGAUAUCUACUUGGUGCCUGAGCGCAACCAGAUCCCAGUACCACUCUACUUCUACAAGGUGGCAUAUGAUGCGUCCCGGAGACUCGGUACUGCAUUCAUUAGCAUCAACAACCCGUACUACACGUUGGCGGAGUGCCGCGCUCGUCAGUUCUGCACGGACCGCUGCCGCGGCAACAGUGCUUUCAACUGGCUCCGCUGGCAGCCUGACCGCAUCGACAUCGGCUACAGCUUCUGCUGCACCGUCGACGAUUUCAGGAGAACUAUUCCUCAUCUACCUUCCUUCUCAACCAAUGGACUCCUAACAUAAAUCGCAUAUAUUUUACCCAAAACAUGCAAUGAAAUAAAAAAUCAAUGAAAUGAUUAUGAUCAGUGUGUCAUAAUUGUGUUGUGUGUUUUGUUAAAUUAAUCUACGUUUCAACAUUUUUAUCAAGAUACAGAUAAGUGUAAUUAACAUUGGUAAUUGACAGCAAUUAAGUAGAAUUGUGUAAGUCCUUAAAGACAAAUUUUAAAUGUAAAUAAGGAUAAUAGGUACCUAUACAAAAUUAUCAAAUCAAUACAUAAGUUAUGUUUCGUAUGUAGCUAUACUGAUCAUAUGAUAAGCGAUUCUGUUACUUUCCAGGAAAACCACGACUACUCAACUAACUUAAAGCAAUAAAAUAACCAUUGUAGUUCUCUCAGAGAAAGACGGUGGAAUCACCUCUA